AUGUUUUCAUAUUUUUCCCUUCAUGUGCUAUGUCGAUUAUUCAACUUGUUUUGAAAUAAAAAAAAUUGUUCCAUCAUCCACAAGUUUACCGAAAAAACUAAAUUAAAUAAUCAUAAAUAAAAAUGAUUGCUCUACGAACUCUUCUACCCGGUGUUCGUCAAUUCAUAAUAAAUCCAGCAAUCCCCAACAAAUCCAGCUUACUCAACCAAUCACUAAAAUGUUACUCCUCCAGUAAACUACCAUCAAUCAAAAACAAACAACUUACUCGCACAUUUGCAUCCGACACAAAUCCCGAUGAAACUUUAAUAUAUCAAGGCUCAUUGGCACCUCGAAUGAAAGCAGUCAAAGUAUUCUCACUAACAACAAGUCUAACUGGACUUGCCGCUCAACCAAUUUUAAUGGAACAAGGAAUGAAAAUUGGUGGAACUGGAAUGGCAGUUGCACUCUGCACUGUUGCCGGAUUCUUUACAUUCGUAACACCUUUACUUUUGCAUUUCAUCACAAAGAAAUAUGUGACAGAGAUUCAUUAUAAUGCCAAAACCGAUGAAUACAUUGCGACAACAAUAUCGAUUUUAUUGUUUAAAAUUAAGACAAAGUUUAGGCCAAGUGAUGUCAAGGUCCCUGAUGUCCCUGGAAUGUUUACAUCCUUCAAGGUCAAGGACAAACCUCUUUUUGUCGAACCAACUCUGUUUGAGAAUACCGACCAUUAUGUAAAAAUCAUGGGCUUUGACAAACCAAUCGACUUUAAACUCGACCUACAACCGGACGACUCCGCCGGAAACAAAUCCCCUCCCAGUCACAACAAAGACAAAUAAAAUUAUCAAGUUAUU